AUGCGCCUCACGCUGCGGAUGCUGAUCUCGCACGGCCGGGUGGCCCGCAGGAUCGGUCUGGGGCCGGAGUCCCGCAUCAACAUGCUGCGGAACAUUCUGACGGGACUGGUCCGACACGAGAGGAUCGAAACCACGCGGGCCAGAGCCGAUGAGGUCCGCUUCUACGCCGAGAAGCUGGUUGACUAUGCCAAGAAGGGAGACACCGAUGAGAAGGCAAUGAAAAUGGCCAGUUUUUGGCUGACGGAGAAGGAUCUGGUCCCAAAGCUCUUCAAGGUCCUGGCCCCACGGUUUGAGACUCAGUCGAAAGGUUACACACGGAUGGCGCAAAUCCCCAACAGACAGAACCUGGACAGAGCUAAGAUGGCCGUCCUGGAGUACAAGGGCAACCCCUUCCCUCCUCUCUUCCCCGCGAAAAAGGAGAAUGAACUGACGCUCAUCAACCAGCUGCUCAAAGGCUACAGAGAAGAGAGGGCCCAACAGUUAGCUGCAAAAUCAUAACCUGCAGGUCGCUGAGGAGACAUCUGCAGUUUGUGGCCUAAAGAGACUGAUGCAUUUCAUUCAGCUAAAGAGCAGAUCGGAAGUUAAACCUUCAACUGAAGCAGAGGACGUUUCUGUACGGGAACAUUUCUGAUUGAUAAUGUAUUGUAAAAUAAAUUUCCUAUCAAGAGUAA